AUGGCUCGCGGUUUGGUUUCCAGCUUGCUGCUGGGCCAGAUCCUGCUCACCCUGGUCAGCCUAUUCUCCCCUGCUGCGGCUGUUCCAACUCCCCAGUCGCCAAACCCGUCGACCCAAGCAUCCAGCUACUGGAUCAGCUCUAUCAAACGCCAGGGAGUCGCCGCCUUCAACGGUGGUGCCAACUACAAGGUGUUUCGAAAUGUAAAGGACUUUGGCGCCAAAGGUGACGGGUCUUCUGAUGACACUGCUGCCAUCAACACGGCCAUCUCCUCUGGAAGCCGCUGUGGGAAGGGCUGCGACUCUUCAACCACUACGCCGGCGCUGGUCUACUUCCCCCCGGGCACCUAUGUCGUGUCUAAGCCCAUCAUCCAGUACUACUACACCCAGAUCGUUGGUGACGCCGUCAACAUGCCGGUGAUCAAGGCCGCUCCCUCGUUCGAAGGUAUCGCCGUCAUCGACGCUGACCCUUAUGAGAACGACGGCAGCAACUGGUACACCAACCAGAACAACUUCUUCCGCGGCAUUCGCAACGUUGUCAUCGACCUGACCGGCCUCGAUAGGGGCAGAGGGGCCGGCAUCCACUGGCAGGUCGCCCAAGCCUCCAGCUUGCAGAACAUCCGCUUCGAGAUGGUCAAGGGCGGCGGAGACGCAAACAAGCAGAUCGGUAUUUUCAUGGACAACGGCUCCGGUGGAUUCAUGACCGAUCUCGUCUUCAAUGGUGGGAACUACGGUGCCUUCUUCGGCAACCAGCAGUUCACCACCCGCAACCUGACCUUCAACAACUGCAACACCGCCAUCUUCAUGAACUGGAACUGGGCCUGGACCUUCAAGUCCUUGACCGUCAACGACUGCGGUGUCGCCCUGGACAUGUCGAACGGAGGAUUCAACCAGACCGUCGGAUCUGUCAUGAUCCUCGACAGCAAGAUCAACAACACCCCCAAGGGCAUCGUCACCUCGUUCAAUGCCAACAGCGCCCCCGAGUCUGGCGGUACCCUGAUCCUCGAUAACGUCGACUUCAGCGGAUCUACAGUUGCAGUUGCCAACGCCCAGGGCUCAUCCCUCGUCGGCGGAAACACCGUUGUCAAGCACUGGGUUCAAGGAAACUCCUGGAUCCCCGCAUCCGGCGUGAAGGCCAGAAGACAGCCACCGCCGGUCGUCAAGGCGAAGCCAAAUGCCGCACGCCGCGGUGAAUGUCCGGCGCCAGCACCGCAGCCUCCUGCGCAGUCGACGACGCCGACUCCCCCAUACCCGAUCCCGAGCACGCCGCCCGCUACCAUCCCAACCAAAGUCGCUACCAGCGAAGGAUCAACUGUCCCAACCAGAGUCCCUACCAGUGAAGGCUCAAGCGUCCCAACCAGAGUCCCGACCGGAGGAAUGCCAUCUGGCACCUCUGCUUCGAACCCAUCGACUCCAACUCCCUCAGGCACACCCACCGGCGGGCCUACCAGCUGCCCAAGCGCCCCCGUCACCAAGGCUCGCGUUCAAACCGCCCUCCCCCAGCCCAGCAAGCCAGCCAUCCUUCUCGACGAAUCUGGCAAGGUCUUUGAGCGCGCAAAGCCACAGUACGAGAACGUCCCCGCCAGCUCGUUCAUCAGCGUCAAGAGCGCCGGUGCUAAGGGAGACGGCAAGACCGAUGACACCAAGGCCAUCCAGGCGGUCCUCGACAAGGCCACCGCUGACCAGAUCGUGUACUUUGACCACGGCGCCUAUCUCAUCACCUCCACCAUCAAAGUGCCCAAGAACAUCAAGAUCACCGGAGAAAUCUGGCCAAUGUUGAUGGCUACCGGUCAGGCCUUCUCAGACAUGAAGAACCCCAUCCCCAUGCUCCAGGUCGGCCAACCAGGCGACAAGGGCUCCGUCGAGAUGUCCGAGCUGAUCGUCACCACAAAGGGCCCAGCUCCAGGCGCUAUCCUCGUCGAGUGGAACGUUGCUGAAGAAACUCAGGGGUCCGUUGGAAUGUGGGAUGUUCACUUCAGAGUUGGCGGUUUCGCUGGAACCGACCUCCAGAGCAACCACUGCGCCAAGACGCCUUCUUCCAAGACUACCCCUGACCCCAAGUGCUUCGGUGCCUUUAUGCUCCUUCACAUCACCAAGACGGCCUCUGCCUACCUCGAGAACACCUGGUUGUGGGUGUCCGACCACGAACUCGACCUGUCUGACCAUGGCCAGAUCAACAUCUACAAUGGACGAGGUGCCUUGAUCGAGAGUUCCGGCGCUGUCUGGAUGUACGGCACCGCUUCAGAGCACAACACUCUAUACAACUACCAAAUCCAGAACGCUCAGAACGUCUACAUGGCAUUGAUCCAGACCGAGACUCCAUACUAUCAAUCCAACCCUGACGCUCUCGUCCCCUUCGCUCCAGACUCCAAAUACAACGACCCAACCUUCGGCGACUGCACGACAGCUGCCUGCAAGAAGGCAUGGGGUCUCCGCAUCCUCAACUCCACUGACGUCUACCUCUACGGAGGUGGCCUGUACAGCUUCUUCGAGAACUACAACCAAGACUGCCUCAAGACGGAGUCCUGCCAGCUGAACAUGAUCGAAGUCGAGUGCUCCGAGACCUACCUCUACGGUGUCAGCACCAAGGCUAGCACCAACAUGAUCACCUCCGGAGGCAAGGGACUGGUUCCCCAGAAGGAGAACAGGAGUAACUUCUGCUCUACCAUCGCUCUCUUCCACCAGGGUAAACUUUAA